AUGCAGCUCUCCAUCUUUGUCGCCACCUGGGGCCGCACGGCGAUGAUCCGCUCCAGGGGCAUCGCCAGCUUUCUCGACGAGCUAUCCGCUCGCGGUUUUGCAGGGGUCGAGGCGACCGCAGAGGAGCUCGGAGCCUCUCUGAAGGAGCGGGUCGAGUACUGCCGCCUCCUCCAAGCGAGAGGGCUGAGGUUAAUAUACGCCGCCUACACGAGCUGGCUCGGCUACGAGGGCGCGCACCCGGGAUUCACCACGCCGCCGGAGCACCUGGCGGCGCUGGAUGCGGAGCUGGCCAAGGCGGCAGAGCUCGAGGCGGCGGCGCCUGGGACCCUCGCUCACAUCAACAUCCACGGCGGCUGCGACUCGUUUGACGAGGCGCAGGCGGACGAGUACUACAGCGGGGCCCUCCCACGGAUCGACGCCUUCCUCGCGACACACGCCCACCUGUCGACCGGCGCCCGCAGCGGCGUCUCGCACGAGUCGCACCGAGGCCGGCCCCUCUUCCACCCGACGCCGACGCGCCGGCUGCUGGCCAAGCACGGGCGCGACCGGCUGAAGCUGACGCUGGAUGUGUCCCACUGGCACGUCUCUAGCGAGCGGAUCGUCGGGCCCGACCCCGAGGCGCUCGGCGCGGCGAACGUGGAGUGGGGCGCGGCCGAGGCCGCGCUGGCGGAGGCGGCGAGGAGGGAGGAGGAGGUUCCUCCCGGUGUGGCGGCAGAGAGGCGCUGGCUGCACGGGGAGGCGUACCUCGCCGUCGAGCACGUCCACGCACGCAUCGGCAGCGGGCAAAGCGCGCAGACGCCCCCGGGCGAAGACGCGGACUGGAACGCGGUGCGGCGGACCGAGAUGUAG